AUUUGUGCUUUGCGUUCAAAUGUAAAAUUUGUGUUUUUGUUGCUUGAAAGAAGUGGUGGAAAAAUAUCGAUUUUUUUUUUUAAUUACUGGAACGGACAGGUUUCCAAUUACGCCAUCUUGUGUGUCAUAGAGGUCAGCGAACACAGGUCAAGAGUGAAGUUUUUUUUCUGGCGUUGGUUUAUCCGAUUGGUCGAAGGGUGGCGGUGACGACUUUUGAAACCCUUUCCAAAACCGUGUCUAUAUUAUUUUUUGUUGUUGUUGGAAGAGGGUUAAUUGCUGUAGGGCAAUUUUAUGUGAUGCCUGAUUAAAAAAAUCAUAAAUUCGUUUGGGAUUGAAGUGAGUGGGCUUUACGUCGGUUUUGUCUCUCCGCGCCCCCCCCUCCCCCGCACCCCCACUUUCAAUGCCGGGGCAGUCAGGCGGAAGUUGGCCGCGACCAUUUUGAAAACGUCGAGCAGCAGCAGCAGCAGCGCUAAGCACCAUGGACAAGGGUCAGACGGUGAAGCUGUUCGUGGGCAACCUGGCGUUGGAAAGCACCCAGGAGGAGCUGUCGGCCAUCUUCGAGCCGUACGGUCACGUGGUCAGCUGCAGCGUGCUGCGGCAGUUCGCCUUCGUGCACCUGCAGGGCGACGGCGCCGCCGAGCGCGCCAUCCGCGAGCUCAACGGCCGCGAGUUCCACGGGCGCAACCUGGUGGUGGAGGAGUCGCGGGGCCGGCCGCUGCACUCCACCAAAGUGUUUGUGGGGAACCUGAGCGGCAUGUGCACAACGGAGGAUCUCCAGCAGCUCUUUCAGACUUUCGGGAAAGUUCUGGAAUGCGACAAAGUCAAAGCCAGGCAUUCGUCUUCCUUAGGCUACGCCUUCGUGCACAUGGAGAACAAGGAAGACGCCCUCCAGGCCAUCGAGGCGCUCCACGGCACCUCCUUUAAGGGGCGCCCGCUUUCCGUCGAACUCUCCAAAGUCCAGCCGAGCAAGCAGGCGCCCACCGGGAAGAUUCCGUGCGUCAAUUGCGGCAAGCAGGGCCACUACGCCGGCGAGUGCCCCGUGGGGAAGCCCACCCUGGAGCAGUACCAGAGCCAGGCGGCCGUGCUGGCCGCGGCGGCGGCGGCGGCGGCCGGCCUGCCUCUUCAAGUGCAGCAGAGCGUGCACAACUCCGUGUACAACACGUCCACGUUCGACCCCACGUACGCAGCCCUGACCGGGAUCACCACGGGGACGCGCACCGACGGCAACCCCGUCAACCCGGCGGUCUACGGCGCCCUCGCCAGCCAGGUGUACGGCGCCAACGUGGCCAAUCAACUGUACGGAUCGGUGGCCAACCAGGCGGCGCUGUCGUCGGGAGCCGCUCAAGUUUACGGCUCGGUGGCCCCCAACCUCUACGGUCAGGUGGCGGCCAAUCCCGCCGCGGCGGCCACUUACACGACGCCGGUUUACACCCCGUCGAUGGCCAACUCCAUCUACCUGACGGCCGCGCCCGGGAUCGACAUGCAGUCGGCGGCGGCGGUGAACCCCGCCUACACCGUGGCGCCGGCGAUCUCCCCCGCCUACGCCCACAUCACCGCCAUGGGCGCGGCGGACCCGGCGACGGCCAUCUUCGAGGUGGCCAGGCAGGCCCAUUAUUUUGCUCAAGGUCAGCAGGUGGUGGCCGAGCAGCAGCAGACGGCGGCGGCGGCGGCCAAGGCCGCCGAACGGGACCGCAGUCCGCUCCGACGGGCGGCCUCCCUCCUGCCGGACCCCGUGAUGAAGCCGUUUAUUUACCAGCGGGCCAAACCGCGCCGCUCGCUGCUCCCGACCCCCGCCGGCCGCGCCGCGGAGGAGGCGUCGACGGAGGCGACCGAGGACCACGUGGCAAGAUACUAUGCUGACUACUACCAGCAGCUGCAGCAGUACCCUCACUUCCAGUACGCCUACCCCUCCCCCGGGGCGGUGAGCGCCAUCCCCGGCAUGCAGGCGGUGCCCGCGGUGCCCGCCCAGCCCGUGGCCGCGCUGGACGCCCUCAGGCCAGUGGUCCCCGCCGCCGCCGCUGUGGCAGCAGCCAUGGCUGCGCCCAGGGUGUAUGAGCCGCCGUUGCCGCCGACCACACGCAAGGAGUCCAUCCUCCGCCGCCCCGAACUCUCCCUUCACACGCCUGAGCCCCCCUUCCGAUAGUCUGCCCCUCCUCCCCCCCCCCGCCCGCUCCUUCGCUCAGUUCCUCCUCAAACGGGCUGUUUUGUGUGCGUUUGUUUGGCGAGGAGGUGGGGGGGGCGGGGGGGGGGGGGGCAGCGGGGCUAUUAACCUGCUUGACCGGCUGUUGUGUUCGUCAUGCAGCGCAGCCCCUCGCCCGUUGGCCGUCUCGCGGGCGUCUCCGUCCAAGCGGUUGACGUUUGCGUACGUUUUGCACUACUUGCCGUUCUGGAACCAGGCGCCGAACGGCGACAUUCACGAGCGGACGUUUGAGCCUGGAAAAUCGCGAGCAGCAGCCGACGACGCCGGGACACUCUCGUCUCCCGGCGGUCCGUCGUCGGGGUCAACCGUCCUCAUUUAUACAAAGCGAAGGACCGGUGAGAUCCCGUCACGACCGGACCAGGAAGCGUAUCCGUCGAAACGCCCGUUGUGAAUUUUGCCGUUGGGCUCCUCGUUGGAGAAAUUGCAAGUUGCGGUCAAAAAGUACAGAAAUAUGGAACCGUUGGACAUCGCCGGCGUCGGGCGGAAUCCUCCGCGGCGCCUUCCCCCCCCCCACACCCCCCCGGAAACCAAAGAAAAGGCUCGUUUUGCUAAGAAUCGUCAAAACUCGGACGAGAAUAUUUGAAAAAUUCAAAACACACACACACACAAAAAAAAGGUGGAGAUUGCUCAAUAUGUAUUUGUGAAAGACGUGACGUAACGUGCGAGGUUCGGGCCCGACACUGGUGACGAAAGGAGACCCGGAACUUCUCCUCGGCAGCCCGAACUUUGACUCGUCAACUUUGACUUUUGACGAAUUAUUUAGUAUUUGUUUGUCGUCGUGCCAGUAGUCAGUCGCCACCUUCGCCUUUAUCGGCCUCGGGUCGGGAUCCGCGACGGAGUCCGGUACCCUGCCGUUCGUCACCCUCUUGUGAGUUUUUAAACGCCUUACGUUAGUUUAGUGAAGGGGGGGGGCGAGCGUUCGCCUCGGUUUCUUCCCCCGCGACCCGCUGCUGUCGGAAGCCACUGCCUCACUUCUUGUCGGGUGUCUACCUCGUGUUCCUCAUUUCACCUCCCCUCAUCAUGAAGUUAUUAGUAAUUUAGUCUUAGUUAGUUCCUGCCAGCGCACGUUGACUAGCGAAUGAGAAGCUGGACUCGGUGCCUACACAACAAGUGCUUUUCCCGUUUAUCGUUGGGGGCGGGGGGUUUGAAUUAUGUUCAUUUCACAGGGUGAGACGUCGUUGCACAGUUGUGAGCAAAUAAGAGCACAAUGGGUGGGUUUGGUUUAAUUUUCUUUCCCCCAAGUGACAUUUCACCCCCCGAUCGUUCUUGCAAAGGAGUGUUUGCGAUCCUAUUUUUGCAAAACGGAACGAUUUGACAGCGGCACAUAGACACCCGCCCCCUCCCCACCACUCCAUCACCCGACUGCCUUGCUUCCCGCCCCCCCCCCCUGUGAUGAUCAGAGUGUAAUCUUGUGGUUGCAUCCUUUGUAGAAACUGUCUACUUUUUUUGGUGUCUUUUUAUUUUACAUUUUUUUGAGGGCAUGCUCUGAUUGACACGUGUAUCCAAACUUGAAUAAACGCUCUUUGGAUGUUUCGUGCUGACUAAAGCCACACAAAGCUUG